CCAGUCCGGUCCUUAGGAGGAGCCCUUUCCGCUCUUUCUCCGCUCUUCUUGCCAUGGGAGUGGCCUGGGUUGGCCUUGUCGUAGGGCAGCCGAAACGGGAGGGGGGCCGCUUUCUUUCUCCUGGCGCUCGGCCAGGCUCGUCUUAUCCGAAUAACGGGGCGGUUCGUCCGCUCGCUGGGGCCCGUGAGUGACGCCGGUUAAACUGAGUAGCUCUCUAUUACGGCUUCUCUUAAGAAGAUCCUCACAAAGUUGUGAGGCUGGAAUAUGUGUAUAAACACGGAACACUGAUCACUUUGAACUCUUAAGCUUUGUGCCUUACUCAGAUCUAUUUUGGGAAUCGGAAACUUGAAUCGAUGUUAUCGGAUGAGUUAGAGUCCAAACCAGAGCUGCUGGUUCAGUUUGUUCAGAACACAUCUAUUCCAAUAGGCCAGGGGCUUGUGGAAUCAGAAUCUAAAGAUAUUACCUGUUUGUCUCUCCUUCCUGUUACUGAAUCCCCAGAAUGCAACAGGCUGAUGUUGCCAGAUGACUCUCCAAGUCACACUAGCGCUUCAAAAGAUGUUUCCUCUUCUGCUGUUCUGCGAAGCCUCCAGGUGAAUGUUGGCCCUGAUGGUGAGGAGACAAGGGCACAAACUGUUCAGAAACCACCUGAGCUUCUGCCAAGUCCUGAUACUUCCAGCUUGUUGCAGGACCUCCAACCUAGUGAUAGCACUUCCUUUAUCCUCCUCAAUUUAACACGAACAGGCCUAGGUUCUCCCUCAGAGCACCUGGUGUUUGUCCAGGAUGAAGUGGAGGAUUCUGGGAAUGAUUUCUUUUCCAAUGACAGUACAGACAGCAGUACCCCAUGGUUUUUACGGGUGCAGGAAUUGGCCCAUGACAGUUUGAUUGCUGCCACUCGAGCACAGCUCGCCAAGAAUGCCAAAGCAAGCAAUAAUGGUGAAAAUGUUCAUGUUUGCUCAGGAGACUCGCAACCGAAAGAAUCCAGCCCCAUCCCUCAUCUGCCUCGCGUGGAGAAAAAAUUGAAGUGCACUGUUGAAGGUUGUGAUAGGACGUUUGUGUGGCCAGCCCACUUCAAAUAUCACCUAAAAACCCACAGGAAUGACCGUUCCUUCAUUUGUCCGGCAAAAGAUUGUGGGAAAAGCUUCUAUGUUCUACAGAGGCUGAAGGUGCACAUGAGAACACAUAAUGGCGAGAAACCUUUCAUCUGCACUGAGCUCGGGUGUGGUAAACAAUUCACGACAGCUGGGAAUCUGAAGAAUCAUCUGCGGAUUCACACGGGGGAAAAGCCCUUCUUAUGUGAGGCUCAGGGCUGUGGUCGUUCCUUUGCUGAAUACUCCAGCCUUCGGAAACACCUGGUUGUCCAUUCAGGAGUAAAACCACACCAAUGCCAAAUCUGCGGGAAGACAUUUUCUCAGAGUGGUAGUAGGAACGUGCACAUGAAGAAACAUCAUUCCAGAGUUGGAAUGGCUAGCAAUAGACAGCAUGAACAAACAGAAUCUCUGAUGGGCAGUAGUUUGUUGGAAGACUCUGAAGUUCAUAGUAAGAACCUGGUGUCAAUGAGCCCUCCGCCCAGCCUUGGUGUGGAAUCUUUGCACCUGCCGGACACCGAAUCAAUUAUUGGUGUGAAGGAAGAGGUUCUUGCUGAAGCAACGACAAACUCUCUCCAUGCUGCAUCUGAUGUGGUUUUGCCAUCUCAUCUGAUGCCAAUGUCAACAUCAAGGCACUCCUAUGGGGUGUCAUCAUUACUACAGUAAAUCCAUAGUUGCAAAAAGAAGAGCAGAUCAUGAAGCUCUCAGCACAAGAUAUGAAACUAAGAACAGGCUUGGGUGGUGUGUUCCAGAAGCCAUUUGAUACUUGAAUUCUCAGAGUUUGUGCAGUGCCUCUAUUGUACUUCUCAAGACCUGUCGGAUCAGAGGCCUGGAAUAUGAUUUUGCUUCAGUCACUGGAAACUCUCUUCUGAAGAAUGGAUUCAGAAGCUGCUACUAAAGUCUGAACAGUGUGGUGUGUUCCUGUUGCACCUGGUAUCUUAAAGCCAGGAGGUAAUGCUCUUGUAUUAGCCCCAAGCCACUUCUUUUCCUCCUGAAGCUGAUCAUAAGGUCAGCAUUAUAUUGGCUUGUUCUUCUUGGAGAAGUAUCUUUAGAUGGUAGUGAAUUCUGCACCAAGGUGCUGCAGUCCUGUUCUUGCUUCUAAGCUAUAGGGUGGUUGUGUGGGACUCCUUGAGCUGGAGCUUCCACAUCCCCUUGCUUUGUGUGGAUACAUUCACUAAUGCUGCUUUUUGCUCCAAAUUGAAGACCUGAUGCUAUUCAGAGGAUUGCCUCAGACACCCUUGCUUCUCAUUGUGAUAUUUUAAUUUCUAAUUAUUAGGUUUAUUAGGGCUUUUAAUUUAAAAAAGAGGUAGAAACUAUUCAGUGUUCUCCUGUUGUAAAUAAAGUAUAUACUUCAACUCCUGA